AUGUCAAAAUUCUUUGGUGCCAGUCUUUUUAAAAAAACUACCUCUUCCAAUGGUGACAAUCAAGUUCAAAAGAGUGCUGCCAAUCGUGCAAGUCCUAAAACGUUGGGACCGACUUCUACAGUGAUGUGGGACACUAUCUGCGACUUGAAUAGCUCAAGUGAUCUUGAUGAAUCAGCGGAUUUCUUCUAUUCUCGUUCGAACCUCUUUUCACCAAGUUCGAAUAAACCGAGUUCCAACUUCUCGGUUCCAACUGAAAAAUCAGCACCAACGAACGGACCUGCUACAAAUGCCAGCAGAUGGAAAGCUAACUUUAUGUUCACAGAAGCAUCAAAUGCUAGACAGACUCGAAUGAAUGAAGCAAAAGUUAAGUCGCCUUCCUUGUCACGUUUGCAAACAAAACCUCAAAAUUCCCCAUCACUGGGAUUUCGAUAUGCUACGAAGUUUGGCAAAUCACCUGCUCUUAAGUCACCUUCGAGCACAUUAGGAGAUGGACUUGAUGAAAUGCAAGAGCCAAAAUUGUAUCCGGACAAAAGUACCUCUCCAGAAUUGGCGUCAAUUGAUUUAGAUUGUAAUAAAAAGAGAGAUAUCUUCAAUGAGUCUGACAUAAGUUUAGACAUCUCCACUGAUACCACUGAUCAUAUUGCUGAAAAAGAUAAUGAUGAGGACUCUGUCUGUCUUUAUCGACCUGGUAGUGACAAGAGCAGAGGAACUGAAGCUUUAAUUGGACACGAAACCAGCACACAACAAGGCGAUCAAGAGGACACGAAUUUACCUAAUCGAUCAGAUAAGUUGGACUUUUUGCAUAUGAAGCUGAAAAACGAAGCGGUUAAACUGGAGAGCUGGAAGAAUGAUAUAGUAAACAAACUGAACCAAAAUGAAGAAAAGCUCAAUGAUGCCAAUAACCUGGUGGCCAACUUGCGAAAAUCCAAUCUCGAACUGCAAAUGCAAACAGAAAAUGCCAGUCUCAAGUUGAAGGAUGAGAUUGAAAAACGAGAUGCGACUGAGGAAAAGUAA